AUGUCUCUCCUCCAACAUUUCAAUCUUUAUCACGGUGAUUGGAUGAAAAAAAGAGAGGAGCUGAAUGAGCUAUUCGAAUCGCGUCCGCCUUUCCCGUUCACAGUUUAUCCGGAGGAUGAGAUCAUCUAUGGUCAACCAUUCAUCAUCGAUAGUUUUGUUCAUGAAAUCACCACACGUAUCCCAUCUACAAACAAAGUGGUUCCAGUGAUUGACUAUUAUCUUGAAACCUUUGGAUACGAAAUCAAAUUUCCCGAGACGUUUGCUAUCUGCUUUACCUUCAAUCCAUUGUUCUUCUACCCAGCUGAAUUGCUCUAUCUCCAUGAACUCGACUCUUAUGAAACUCCUCUCCCCAACCCGUUCACCAUCGUUCUUUGA